AUGGCCGAGCGCGGAGAACUCGACCUGACUGGCGCCAAGCAGAACACCGGAGUGUGGCUGGUCAAGGUUCCUAAAUAUUUGUCGCAGCAAUGGGCUAAAGCCCCUGGAAGAGGUGAAGUUGGGAAGCUGAGGAUUGCCAAAAAUCAAGGAAGGACUGAGGUUUCAUUUACUUUGAAUGAAGAUCUUGCAAAUAUUCAUGAUAUUGGUGGAAAACCGGCUUCAGUCAGUGCUCCUAGAGAACACCCAUUUGUCUUACAAAGUGUUGGAGGACAGACAUUAACCGUGUUCACUGAGGGCUCCUCAGAUAAGCUUUCACUGGAAGGAAUAGUGGUACAAAGAGCUGAAUGCCGACCUGCUGCCAAUGAAAACUACAUGAGGUUAAAGAGAUUGCAAAUAGAAGAAUCUUCCAAACCUGUAAGGCUAUCGCAGCAGCUGGAGAAAGUCGUGACAACCAAUUACAAGCCUGUUGCUAAUCAUCAGUACAAUAUUGAAUAUGAAAGGAAAAAGAAAGAAGAUGGAAAACGAGCCCGAGCUGAUAAACAACACGUUUUGGACAUGCUGUUUUCAGCUUUUGAGAAGCAUCAGUAUUAUAAUCUGAAGGACUUGGUGGACAUCACAAAACAACCUGUGUCGUACCUGAAGGACAUCUUAAAGGAAAUUGGUGUUCAAAAUGUAAAAGGGAUCCACAAAAACACAUGGGAACUGAAGCCAGAAUACAGACAUUAUCAAGUAGAAGAAAAAAGUGAUUAA